GCAGUGCCUUGGCACACUGGCAGGAGCGGGCGCUACGCAGAGUGUCCAGGAGUCGCGUGUGCUGGCGAGUUCUGUCCGUGUGCUGGACGGGCGCACGACGCUCCCCCCCACCCCUGGGUGCCAGCGGAUCUGAGGAAGGCCUAGUGAGAAUUCGGUCUCUUAUCUUUGAUGAGGUGGAUCUGUCGGAUGCCAGUGUUGCAGAGUCCAGCACUAAGAAUGUCAACAACAGCUUCACAGUGAUCACUCCGUUCCGUAGGCUCAUCCUCUGUGCUGAGAACAGGAAAGAGAUGGAGGACUGGAUCAGCUCGCUCAAGUCCGUCCAGUCCAGAGAGCAUUACGAGACAGCACAGUUUAAUGUGGAACAUUUCUCAGGGAUGCACAACUGGUACGCCUGCUCCCAUGCACGGCCCACCUUUUGCAAUGUUUGUAAGGAUAGUUUGUCUGGGGUCACAUCUCACGGCCUCUCCUGUGAAGUGUGCAAAUUCAAAGCGCACAAACGCUGUGCUGUCAGAGCCACCAACAAUUGUAAAUGGACCACCCUGGCCUCCAUAGGGAAGGAUAUCAUUGAGGAUGAGGAUGGGAUUGCAAUGCCUCACCAGUGGUUGGAAGGCAACCUGCCUGUCAGUGCCAAGUGUGCUGUGUGUGAUAAGACGUGUGGCAGCGUGCUGAGACUGCAGGAUUGGCGCUGCCUCUGGUGCAAAGCUAUGGUGCACACAGCCUGCAUGGACUUAUAUCCACGCAAGUGUCCCCUAGGUCAAUGCAAAGUCUCCAUCAUCCCCCCUACUGCUCUCAACAGCAUCGACUCAGAUGGCUUCUGGAAGGCCACCUGUCCCCCGUCAUGUGCCAGUCCCCUCCUGGUCUUUGUCAACUCCAAAAGUGGCGACAACCAGGGAGUGAAGUUCCUACGGCGCUUCAAGCAGCUUCUGAACCCAGCUCAAGUCUUUGACCUGGUCAACGGUGGGCCACACCUUGGUUUGCGCCUGUUUCAGAAGUUUGACAACUUCCGAAUCUUGGUGUGCGGAGGUGAUGGCAGCGUGGGAUGGGUCCUCUCAGAGAUCGACAAACUCAAUCUACACAAACAAUGCCAGCUGGGGGUGUUGCCCUUGGGCACCGGCAAUGAUCUGGCGCGAGUGCUUGGCUGGGGCCCGUCAUGUGACGAUGACACCCAGCUGCCUCAGAUUCUGGAGAAGCUAGAGAGGGCCAGCACCAAGAUGUUGGACCGCUGGAGCAUCAUGACCUACGAGAUUAAGAUCCCACCCAAACACAGCUGCCCUACCACGCCUGAGGGAGCUGACGACUGCCAGUUUCACAUUUCAACCUAUGAAGACUCAGUAGCUACUCACCUCACAAAGAUCCUCAACUCUGAGCAGCACUCUGUGGUCAUCUCCUCUGCCAAAAUUCUGUGUGAGACAGUGAAGGAUUUUGUUGCCAAAGUGGGGAAGGCGUAUGAGAAAAGCACUGAGAAUGCUGAGGAGUGCGACUCUAUGUCUCUCAAAUGUGCCAUCCUCAAUGAGAAACUGGACUCCCUCCUCCAGACCCUCAACACAGAGUGCCAAGCUCUACCUCCGCUCCCCCUCUCCACUCCACCUAUUGUAGAGGAGGAACAGGAGGAGGAGGAAGAGGAGGAGGAGGAGGCCAGUGAAGAAAGCCUGACAGAGCUGAAGGAGAAAUUGGAGGAGGAGGAGACGGAGAAAGGAGUGGCAGGAGGUUCGCCGCACCAGCUGUUCAAAAGCAGGGAGCAGUUGAUGCUCAGGGCCGACAGUCUGAAGAAAGCGGUUCGACAGGUCAUAGAACAGGCAGAGAGAGUGGUUGAUGAGCAGAAUGCCCAUACGGAGGACCCAGAGCUUCCAUCCCCUCUGGAGAAGGACAGCGAGGAUGAGAACAGAGACAGUGAGAAAGAUGAGGACACUAAGGAACUGGAAGCAGUGUCAUCUGUUAAGAGUCCCUGUUCUCCAACGGAGAGGAGAGUGAGCCGUAGCACCCAGUCCUAUAGCUCCUUCACCAUCACACCCUUCACCACCAGCAAGGAGAAUCUCCCUGUACUCAACACACGCAUCAUCUGCCCAGGUUUGCGAGCAGGUCUGGCUGCCUCUAUUGCUGGCAGCUCUAUCAUUAGCAAGAUGCUGCUGGCUAACAUCGACCCUUUCGGGGCCACAUCAUUCAUCGACCCUGACCUGGACUCUCUAGAGGGCUAUAUGGAGAAGUGUGUUAUGAACAACUACUUUGGCAUUGGCUUGGAUGCAAAGAUCUCGCUGGAGUUUAACAACAAGCGAGAGGAGCAUCCAGAGAAAUGCAGGAGUCGUACCAAGAAUAUGAUGUGGUACGGUGUUCUGGGCACUAAGGAGCUGCUGCAAAGAACCUACAAGAACCUGGAGCAGAAGGUCCAGCUGGAGUGUGAUGGACAGUACAUCCCACUGCCCAGCCUUCAAGGCAUAGCAGUGUUGAACAUUCCUAGCUACGCAGGCGGAACCAACUUCUGGGGCGGCACCAAGGAGGAUGAUUCCCCGCAGGCUUUUGAGAACACACUGAAGUCAUGGGAGGACAAGCUCAAGUAUGAUAAGCCUCCUUUGCGACCUCACCUCUACCCUCAGCAGUCUGUGGAUCUAGCCACAGAGGAGGAGGCAGGCCUGGUGCAGAUGUGUGCCCGGGCUGCAGAAGAGCUCAUUACAAGGAUAUGUGAGGCUGCAAAGACGAACGGGCUCUUAGAGCAGGAACUGGCUCACGCUGUUAAUGCUGCAUCACACGCCAUCAACAAAACACACCCGAAGUUCCCCGAGAGCCUUACUCGGAACACAGCCAUUGAGGUGGCCAGCACUAUGAAGGCACUCCACAAUGAGACCGAGUCUCUUCUGUUGGGCCGAGUCUCUCUGCAACUGGACCCACCAGAGGAGGAGCAGCUGUCCAGCGCUCUGCAGAGCGUGGAGCUGGAACUUGGGAAACUGGGAGAAAUCCCCUGGCUUUACCACAUCCUGCAGCCCAAUGAUGAGGAGGAUCACUCUCUGGGUUACGGCAAGAGGAACAGUCGCAGCAGCAUGUUUCGCAUAGUGCCCAAGUUCAAGAAGGAGAAGGCCGCCAAGAAGACAAGCCCUCAAUCAGUGGAAAGAUGGGGCACAGAGGAGGUGGGCAUCUGGCUGGAACAGCUGAGUCUGGGGGAGUACAGAGACACCUUCAUCCGACACGACAUCCGAGGCUCAGAGCUGCUGCACCUGGAGAGGAGGGACCUGAAGGAUCUGGGGAUAUCGAAAGUGGGUCAUAUGAAGAGAAUUCUCCAGGGAACUAAAGACCUGGCCAAGGCCUCCAUGAUUGACCUCUAACCCAGGAGCAAACGCUACCAGAAAGGGGAAACGUGCAUUCCUCCUGACUUAGUGGAAGUGUUUGGGAGCACCAUAGGCAGUGGUGGAAGAGAUAUGUAUUGAAGGAGAGAUGGAUAUUUGAUCCCUCUGCUGAGAAAGUCUGUGUGAUGUCGUGAUCAAGAUACAUGUGCGUGUGUUUGUUUGUUCUUUGGUGCCAAAAUGACAAUCGAGAAUGCUGAUGGAAGUCACACACACAAAAAAGCCAUUUCUUAUUUAAUAACCAUUCAUAGCACAUAAUCAGGUAUGCAACUAACCUUACUGUUGACAGCUUGUUGUCUGAGUUGUGAUAACAAACUAGUAGCAAAACUAAGACUUCCAUAGGUGUGGGGUUCUGCUUCAGUUGAGUCUGUGUAAAAAAUGUAUUUGCUGGCUCUCUGCCUCACAUUACAGAGCUGCACAUGCAGAACAGAAUAAUCUGGACCAUGCAGGUGGUUGUCUGGAAGCUUUGUUUGAAAACAGUGGGAUACUGUUGCAUGCUAUGCUUGCUCAACCUUAGAUGUGUUUAAUUGCAUGAUUAGUGUCUUGAUUUUUUUUGUGUGUAUGCGAGUGUGUGUGUGGGUGUGUGUGUCUGUGUGUGUGUGUGCAAAAUGACACUUGAACAAGUUUUACAUAACAUAAGUAUUAUAAUGCCAUUUGUUACUACUGAAAACAUCAUUUUUGGUCUAAAUCCAACUUUUUAUUCUAGCUUUAAAUUAUUUUGUUUGCAUGAUAAUGACAUGUUUAAAAGGUUUCUGUCAAGUGCCAUAUUUUGAGUCAUUUCGUGUAAGACGUGCUUUAAUGGUAGACAUCGUAAGAAAUCUUUAAACAAGUUAUCGAUGAGUUAUGAUUUUAUGAAAUUAAUAAGUUGACACGUUCUCUGUGGAUGUGAAAAAUCAGUACCAAAGUGAAUGUUUUUGUCUUUAUUUAAUAAGCCAGUAGGUUUUAAGUCUUAAUUUCAUUUUAGGUGGGAAAAAGCUGUAUUAGUCAGGAAGAGAGUAAAACUGUUGGUCAGACGCCAACCACCUAUACUAUAGGGUUGUAGAGAUUUUUUAAAGGAAUUCUUAAACAGGCACUUUCUACUUCUUGCUUCAUGCAAGUGCAAAUCCUCAUAUCAUUGCAUAGAGUUAACAGUUCACCUCAACUUUUUACCUUUUGGCAACUUAAUACAGUAUUUAACACUAUUGAGGAGUUAGAUAUGAGUUUUGAAUAGAGCAGUUGAUCUGCAGUCUGCUUAACAUUGUUCAAGUGCAGCUUUUUCAGUUUUUUUUCUCCUUCAAAUUCCAAGUGAGACUUUGCUAGAAUGCUACUUCUAAUUGUUAGUUUCAUUUAAGACUGGUGGCAUUACAGGGUAUAUUUCUAUAUGUGAUGCUAAGUUUGUAUAUAAUUAUGCACUGUAUAUACAGUAAACCAGUGUAUGCAAACAAUGUUUGUAAGUGUAAUCUGAUGCAUUUGUAGACAUGGCAUGCAUUGUCGACAGCCCACACAUUCGAUUGUGUACAUUACACCAUACCAGUUGUUGUUGAUUUUGUUCUAAUCUCUUGUACAUGAUGAUGCUGUUGUAUUCUAAUGAUGGUGCAAUAUUUUAAUCUCUUGUUUUGAUACUGUCUCUGAAACUUUCCAAACAUGAUGUUCCUCGGUGGGUAAAAAAAAACACCACAGAAAAACCUUGUAAACGUUCUUUUGUACUCUUCCUCGAGGUUUGAGGAUUUUCAAAGUUAGACCCAGAGACAGACAGACAGCUUUUUACUCCAGAUUUCUUCCAGGGGUUCAGUAGUUUAUAGUUUUGCUCCUUUGUGCUUCCAAGAUGAUACACUAAAGUAGGACUGUGCCAGCGAAUGGGAGAGAUUAGGCAGGCAUGACUGUUGUGUUCACUUCAUGUAUCCUGUUGUAACGUGUGCAUUCAAGUGUGUGUACUACAACAGUGGCAUAUUGUACAGUUGUAUACUUUUCAUUGCCAGCUAAUUUUACAGUAUAAUUGAAAAUUUUGCCACACCCAUAGACUAAUAUGCCACCCAAGCAGAAUGUGAACGAAACUUUGGAAUUGUGUGUUCCCUCCACCAGGGGGCAAUCUAUCACAUCUCACACCUCUACAGGCCUAGAUUACACCAUUAAACUGCAUUAUCUUCCAGCUCCUUAUGCUGACAAUCAGGUGCUCAUUGGCAUAAAUAAAGUUACAGUCCAAUUUGAGUUUUUAUCAUUCAGUGUUCAUAAAACUACAAAUUUGUCAGACCUUCCCAUCUUUUUAGUCUCAUAUGCCUUUUAUCCAUUAAAUAGAUGAGACUAAUGACAGUUAGCCUUUUGUAAACCAGAACCCUUUGUUAAGUUAUAGACGCCUUUCUGUUAGUAUGUGCUUUAUACAGUGCUAGGGUGCUCUACGCUGCUUCUUUGCUGCAGCGCUCUUGAAGUUUGGCCUCACAUCCAUGUACUCUCAUCACGCCAGUCACCAAACGCAAGUUGUGAAUGAUGCUGUUGCAGUUCAUGAGCUGUGUCUGUCUGCAUUAAUGGCGUCUGCAUGUCCAGGGUGUCUGCCAGGUUCUGUUAAUCUGAAGCAUUUUGGCCCCAGGCUCCAGCUUGACCUUGCCAUAUACAGUGGAAGUUGCCACCUUUCUCCCUUGCUGUGUUUUCCAGUGGUCUGUAAAUAAUGCUGCAAACUGCCUGGUUUUCAGAAACCAAUGAAACCCAUGCAAGGAUCUCUAAAAGAUGGAUUUAACACUUGGUGUGGUUAUCGAAGCGUUGGGAGAAAAGUGAGUUUCAUUUGUUUACAUUAUGUUUACAAUGGCACAGUUUUACUUUUUAAGGAGAUAUAUGUAGGUAUAGACAAUAUUUGCAUAUUUAUUGCCUAAGGUUAAAUGAUAUGAUGUAUAUUGUGUUUUCACAUUUGGAAUAUAAUGUUACAGUUGUCACCUGUAUUACUAUCUGGAUGAUUUUGGUAAAGUAGUUGAUCAUUUUUAUGACUACUAAGUGACUGUUUUCUGUGCCUUUUUAUGGUUAGAAUGCAUGGUUAACUAUUUAUUACAAUUUGGAGUCACUGAGAUGUGUAUUUUUGUAUUCUGAAUAAAUAAAUGGUUCAGCUUUUGUUGUACAUUUUUAAGGUGCCUUGAAACAGGCUACCUAUUCAUAUCUCUCUUCUUCAAUAAAAUCGGAUACAUAUGCAA